AUGAGUGCGAUUCUGGUGUCGACCGCUUUCAAGCGGACUACCUCACGACUUUCAUCAGCCACGAGGCACUUCUCGUGCUCUGCAAGCAGAGAUGCGUCUUGGGGGUUUAUCGGACUGGGUGCCAUGGGAUAUCCCAUGGCAAAGAACCUCCGAGCGAAAAUGCCACAAGGUGACACUCUGACGGUGUUCGAUGUCAACCAAGCAUCGUUGGACAGAUUUACGCAAGAGGCGGUGCCCGCUGGGGUCACAAUUGCAAAGAGUCCCCGAGAAGUGGUCGAGAAUGCCGAUACCAUUGUUUCCGCUCUGCCAGAACCUCGACACGUGAAAGGGGUUUUUGAGGAAGUGUUAGCAUCAGCCCUGCCCGCUGCGCCUACUCAGAGCUCCAGACUCUUCGUGGACUGCUCAACCAUCGACCCCACGACCUCGCGAGCUGUUGCAAAACUGGUACAAGACAAGGCAGGGGCCAAAUUCGUGGACGCCCCCAUGUCAGGCGGUGUGGUAGGAGCCAGUGCUGGCACUUUGACCUUCAUGGUGGGAGCCGAAAAGGAGGACAUGCCCAAGGUGACCGAAGUGUUACUUCUCAUGGGACGGAAGGUCUGGCACAUGGGACCUCAAGGCACCGGCCUCAGCGGCAAGCUAGCCAACAACUACGCAUUGGCUAUCAACAACAUUGCCUGUGCCGAGGCAAUGAACCUGGGAUUGAAGUGGGGGAUUGAAGGCAAGGCACUGGCUGAUCUCCUGAACUCGGCGACAGGGAGAAGCUGGCCUAGCGAAAUCAACAACCCAGUCCCGGGUGUGAUUGAGACAGCUCCCGCAAGUAAGGAUUACGCAGGAGGCUUUGGAGUCAGCCUCAUGAACAAGGACUUGCGCCUUGCCAUCUCAGCAGCGUCAGAAGCCGGCGCGAAACUGGUGCUCGCGCAGACGGCGAAGGAGGUCUACGACGAGACAGAGAAAGCACACAAGGGAAAGGAUUUCUCAGUCGUGUAUCGAUGGCUUGGUGGGAAGGAAUAG